AUGGAAGAAGAGAAAAGUCGGGAAGAGAACAAGAGGGAGAGGAAGAAUAAUUCGAGCUACCGAUGUCGUAUAAGUGACUCUGUGACAGAGGUGUCAACGUUGAAAACAGGUGGAAAUCAUGUCGUUGAUGAAUUUAUUCAAAAAGCACAAUUAAAAGCUAAAGAUGAGGACCAUAUCAUAGAGUGGAUUGAAUAUGAUAAAUUUGAAAAUGUUGAAUAUUUAGCAAAAGGGGGAUUUGGAACUACUUUUAAAGCAGUUUGGAAAGAUGGCCUUAUGUAUAAUUGGGAUUAUGAAAAUGAUCAAUGGAAACGAAAUGGUAAAAAAAAAGUCGCUUUAAAGUGCUUACAUGAUUCACAAGAUAUUACAGCAGAUUUUUUAAAAGAAAUUGAAUCAAAUAUUUUAGUAUAUUCUCUGGGUUUUACAGUUCGUUGUUUUGGCAUUACCAAAGAUCCAACAAAAAAUAAUUUUAUGAUGGUAAUGGAAUUGAAAAAUGGUAGUUUAAGACAACAUUUAAAUAACAACUUCAUUUCACUGAAUUGGGAGCAAAAGUUGAGUAAUUUAACUGCUAUUACAAUUGGACUUAAAGAUAUUCAUGAUAAAGGAUUAAUACAUCAUGAUUUUCAUUGUGGGAAUAUAUUAAGCGAUUUUAAACGAGAUGCUUAUAUUACUGAUUUGGGAUUAUGCCAACCAGCAAAUGUCAAAUCUUCUCAAAAUAGUAAUAAAAAAAUAUAUGGAGUAUUACCUUAUGUAGCUCCUGAAGUUUUAAGAGGAAAAGAAUAUAGUCAAGCAAGUGAUAUUUAUGGAUAUGGAAUUAUUGCAUAUGAAAUUUCUACAGGUUUCCCUCCCUAUUAUGAUAUGGCUCAUGAUGAAUUCUUAGCAAUGAAAAUUUGUAAUGGGUUGAGACCAAAGUCUAAUUAUAGAAUUCCUCAAUUAAUUUUUGACAUUAUUAAUCAAUGUUGGAAUGCAGACCCUUUAAAACGACCUAAUGCAAGUGAAUUACAACAGUUAAUUUAUGAUUUAUGGAAUGAUACUCAUAAUAAUAAUGUGAAUUCUGUAAUUUAUAGACAAGUUAAAGAAACAGAUGAUAUUAAUAAAAAGUUAUCAUCUUCAAUGAUUCAAUCAUCAUUAUCAUCUACUAGUAAUCUCUUAUAUACAACACAUCCUCAAGCAGUAUAUACAAGUAAACUUUUGGAUUUUAAAAAUCUUCCAGAGCCCAAAAAUGCAGACAAUGAUGAUUUAGAAUAUUCAGAUUCCUUAAAAAUGGAUUUUACUAAAGAUUAAGAAAAUUAAAACCCAUUUACUUUAAUUGAAAAUAUUUA